AUGGACCCGCUGACCGUGUACAAGAACUCUGUCAAGCAACAGAUUGAUUCCGCAGACCUGUUGGUGGCCAACCUGGUCAACGAGAACUUCAUACUCUCGGAGAAGCUGAAUACAGACUCAAGCGAGAUCAAACAGCUGCAGAAGCAAAUCGAGUCGCUAAACGCACAGGUGAAGGACCUUGAGACACAGGUGUCCCAGCACACCGAAAAUUCCGAGAUUAUAAAGGACCUGUACGAGUACCUCUGCAACGUACGUGUCCACAAGACAUACGAGGACGACUCCGGGCUGUGGUUCGACAUCUCGCAGGGCACCCACACGGAGGGCGCCGCCGCCGACGACUACUCGAUAAUGGACUACAAGCUCGGAUUUGUCAAGGGCCAAGCCCAAAUCACAGAGGUCAUCUACGCACCCGUCCUCAAGCAGCGCUCCACCGAGGAACUGUACUCGCUGCAGUCCAAACUGCCCGAGUACCUCUUCGAAACGUUGAGUUUCCCCCUCUCGUCGCUGAACCAGUUCUACAACAAAAUCGCCAAGUGUCUAAACAAGAAAAGAGAGAGGAAAGAGGAAACCGAGUAA